AUGUUGCAGCAUCAAUGGGUUAGUGAGCCGUCGGUUAUGCUCAGCAGGUAUUGCGGCUCGAACGCGACGUUUUGCACCGAUGGCUGCCAAGAAAACUGCUGGCUCGAUCCGUCAGUCUUGUCCGCGGCUCCUUCCACAACACCUCAGGGCACCACCACGCCCCGGACAUCUAUAUCUACAAUCUCUUCUGCCACUCCAUCCGCCCCCCCAAACGCAACCACUGCUCAACACCACGGUCUGAGUGGUAGAGCACGCGCGGGCGUGAUUGCUGGCUCGACGAUCGGCGGCCUCGUGUUCGUAGGCUUGCUUAUUGUAUGCAUUAUUUUCCUCGCUCGAUGGCGAGGCUGGAAAACGGCGAAGUCAGGACAAAGCUCCCCGGUAGAGGAUAUUGAAUUACCGGAGCCACCCGCGUAUCAUGACGGUCCUAUUGCGCCGUCCAACAUUCAUUUAAGAAACUAUGGGGAGUGA